AUGGGAAGCAGGGGUCCGCUGGGGCGGAAUGUGGGCGGGACAGAUGGCCGGAUCCCGGGGGAGAGACGCUCAGGGGCACUGGAUGAGGUUGGGCCGCCUCCCUGGUUUCCAAGACGUGGGGACAGGGAGGUGGGGUCGGGAGGAAACUGCGGUGGGGGUGGGGUGGGGGAAGAGCCCCCAUGUGGGAAACACUGCCUCGGUUUUCUCGUGAGAGAGGCCUGGGAAGAAAGGGGGGAGGGGCUCUUCCAUCACCCUGGACCCCUGAUAACCCUCACCCUUGGGCUCCCCUUCUUCCCACCCACCCCCACUGCCACAGUGAGCCGGGGCGAGCGCAGCCACAUCCCAUCUCAGACUGUGAAGAAACUGCUGGAGGCUCAGAGGCGGCGGAGGCAAUCUGGCACCAACUACCAGCCUCAGGGACAAGUCCCUGCGACCUCUGCAAAUGAGACAGAACCAGGUGAGCCCGCAAACGAAGGAUCGAACUCACUUUCUAGUCUCCCCCACCCCGAGCAUCCCGGCUCCCAGCCCCGCGGCCCCGAGUCUCUCUUUGUGGCUGACCCCUCGUACCCUGCAGGUCUUGGCCCGUUCCCAGGGGCCCCGGAAGUUCAGGUGGCUGGCCUUGGGGCCCCGUCUGCUCCCCUAGCCCAGGCCCCAGGGUGGGACCUGGAAGCCCAUGGCUUGUACCCCGACUGCCACUACCAUUGCGCAGCCUCUACCGAAGCCUUCUUCACCCCUGGCCUCUUCACAGCCACGGAGCCUGGAGGGCUGCCUUCCUUCCCUCCCCUCCUGGAGGGCCCUGUGGAUGCCACUGGACUCUAUGUGGAGACAAGCCCUCCUCCAGCUGGCCCCUGGGGGGCCCCAGGGCCCCCUCAGCUCCUGGCUCCACAUGGGGCUUCCCUGGAUACAGCUCGGGCUGAGGUUCAAGCCCUGGGGCUGCAACGGCUACUGACUCAGGACGAGGAGGGGGACACACUCCUUCACCUGUUUGCUGCCCAAGGCCUACGCUGGUCAGCCUAUGCCGCAGCGGAGGUCCUGCAGGGCUGUGGACAGCUGGACAUUCAGGAACACCAAGGAAAGACACCACUCCUGGUGGCUGCCACAGCCAACCAGCCACUGAUUGUCCAGGACCUGCUAACCCUGGGAGCGGACCCCAAUGCUACUGACCACCGUGGCCGUACCAUCCUCCACCUGGCGGCCACUUAUGGCCUGCCCGGGGUCCUCACGGCUGUGUUUAACUCAGGCAUUCAGGUGGACAUGGAGACCAGGGAUUUUGAGGGCUUCAGCCCUCUGCAUGUUGCUGUUCUCUCCCUCAAUGAGGCCACCCAACAGCCAGCUUGCGGCUCCAGGACAAUGACUGUCCCAGCACGGGACAGACUGGCCUGUGUCCAGAUGCUGUUACAGAUGGGGGCUGACCAUACCAGCCAGGAAUUCAAGAGCAGUAAGACUGUUCUGCACCUGGCUGUCCAGAGUGGCAAUGUCUCCCUCGUCCAGAUGUUGCUGGACCUGCCAAAUGGGGAUCCCAGGGCCUUUGUGAACAUGAAGGCCCACGGGAACACAGCCUUGCACAUGGCAGCUGCCCUGCCCCCAGGAUUUCCACAGGAGCCCAUCAUUCGUGGGCUCCUGGCAGCUGGGGCAGAUCCUGCCCUGCGAAAUCUGGAGAAUGAGCAGCCUGCACACCUGCUGGGACCUGGACCAGCCUCGGAGGCACUUCGGCAGCUGUUGAAGAGAAGCCGGACCCUCCCUCUGGCCUCAUCCUCGUAGGACUCAAGGCCCACUACCUGGACUGAUUCUUCAGUCCACAUCUGUUCAACCUUCCUGUCCCUGAGGGACAACCAAGCGUAUGCUGAUGUAUGCAAAUCUAUGAUAAUUUAUUUGGAUCCUUAUCCAACACUCUCCCCACCCCUCUACCCCGGGGAGUCUUACAUUAAAACUCCUGUGAUGUCCACUGACCCUGGGGGGAGGUGUCAUGGACAGGGAAGCUGGGGGGGAGGGGGAGCUUGUGAUGAUUUCUGUGAAAUUGAAAGCCCCCCUGAACUUGUUUCUGUGAAACAGAUUUAGCCCCAGACAUUCCAUCCAACCCUCCAACCCUUCGAUUAAAUUCGAUUUGGAUCCCGUA